CUCGGCCUGGAGGCGGCACCAGGAAGCGCCCGCCCCGGCCGGAGCCGCCAUGUAACCGGCGCCGCCCGGAGCCGAGCUGUGCGGGCCCCAGUGACCGGCCCGCCAUGGGGGACGAGGACGAGGAGGAGGGCUGCGCUGUGGAGCUGCGGAUCACGGAAGCCAACCUGACUGGGCAUAAGGAGAAGGUGAGCGUGGAGAACUUCGAGCUGCUCAAGGUGCUGGGCACGGGAGCCUACGGGAAGGUGUUCCUGGUACGGAAGGCGGGUGGGCACGACGCAGGGAAGCUGUAUGCCAUGAAGGUGCUGCGCAAGGCUGCGCUGGUGCAGCGCGCCAAGACGCAGGAGCACACUCGCACUGAGCGGUCAGUGUUGGAGCUGGUGCGCCAGGCGCCCUUCCUGGUCACGCUGCACUACGCCUUCCAGACCGAUGCCAAGCUGCACCUCAUCCUGGGUAAAGACUAUGUGAAUGGUGGUGAGAUGUUCACCCACCUCUACCAGCGCCAGCACUUCAAGGAGGCUGAGGUGCGCGUGUAUGGGGGCGAGAUUGUGCUGGCUCUCGAACACCUCCACAAGCUGGGCAUCAUCUACCGAGACCUGAAGCUGGAGAAUGUGCUGCUUGACUCCGAGGGCCACAUCGUCCUUACGGACUUUGGGCUAAGCAAGGAGUUCCUGACAGAGGAGAAAGAGCGAACCUUCUCCUUUUGUGGCACUAUCGAGUACAUGGCCCCAGAAAUCAUCCGCAGCAAGUCGGGGCAUGGCAAGGCUGUGGACUGGUGGAGCCUGGGCAUCCUGCUCUUUGAGUUGCUGACUGGGGCCUCACCCUUCACUCUGGAGGGUGAGAGGAAUACGCAGGCAGAGGUGUCUCGACGGAUCCUGAAGUGCUCCCCUCCCUUCCCCCCUCGGAUCGGGCCUGUGGCGCAGGAUCUGCUUCAGCGGUUACUUUGCAAGGACCCCAAGAAGCGGCUGGGUGCGGGGCCCCAGGGGGCACAGGAAGUCAAGAAUCAUCCCUUUUUCCAGGGCCUGGAUUGGGCUGCUCUGGCUGCCAGGAAGAUUCCAGCUCCAUUCCGACCCCAGAUCCGCUCAGAGCUGGAUGUGGGCAACUUUGCAGAGGAGUUUACUCGGCUAGAGCCUGUCUACUCACCUCCUGGCAGCCCCCCCUCUGGGGACCCUCGUGUCUUCCAGGGAUACUCUUUUGUGGCCCCAUCCAUCCUGUUUGACCACAACAACGCGGUGAUGACUGAUGUGCUGGAAGUGCCUGGUGCUGGAGACCGGCCCGGCCGGGCAGCUGUGGCCAGGAGUGCCAUGAUGCAGGACUCCCCGUUCUUCCAGCAGUAUGAGCUGGACCUGCGGGAACCCGCAUUGGGCCAGGGCAGCUUCUCUGUGUGUCGCCGCUGCCGCCAGCGCCAGGGAGGCCUGGAGUUCGCCGUCAAGAUCCUCAGCCGUAGGCUGGAGGCGAAUACGCAGCGCGAAGUGGCUGCCCUGCGUCUGUGCCAGUCGCACCCCAACGUGGUGAAACUGCACGAGGUGCAUCAUGACCAGCUGCACACGUACGUGGUCCUGGAGCUGCUGCGGGGCGGGGAGCUGCUGGAGCACAUCCGCAAGAAGCGGCAUUUCAGCGAGUCUGAGGCGAGCCAGAUCCUGCGCAGCCUAGUGUCGGCCGUGAGCUUCAUGCACGAGGAGGCGGGCGUGGUGCAUCGUGACCUCAAGCCUGAGAACAUUCUGUACGCCGAUGACACGCCUGGAGCCCCGGUGAAGAUCAUCGACUUUGGGUUCGCGCGGCUGCGCCCGGCAGGGCCCAUGCAGACGCCCUGCUUCACCCUUCAGUACGCAGCCCCUGAGCUGCUAGCGCAGCAGGGCUACGAUGAGUCCUGCGAUCUCUGGAGCCUCGGCGUCAUUCUGUACAUGAUGCUGUCGGGGCAGGUCCCCUUCCAGGGGGUCUCAGGCCAGGGCGGGCAGAGCCAGGCGGCGGAGAUCAUGUGCAAGAUCCGCGAGGGGCGCUUCUCCCUAGACGGGGAGGCCUGGCAAGGCGUUUCUGAGGAAGCGAAGGAGCUGGUCCGAGGGCUCCUAACUGUGGAUCCUGCCAAGCGGCUGAAGCUUGAGGGGCUGCGAGGCAGCUCGUGGCUGCAGGACGGCAGCGCGCGCUCCUCGCCCCCGCUCCGGACGCCUGAUGUGCUGGAGUCCUCAGGGCCGGCUGUGCGCUCAGGACUCAACGCCACCUUCAUGGCGUUCAACCGGGGCAAGCGCGAAGGCUUCUUUCUGAAGAGCGUGGAGAACGCGCCACUGGCCAAGCGGCGGAAACAGAAGCUGCGGAGUGCUGCCACCUCCCGCCGAGUCUCCCCUGUGCCCGCUGCCCCAGGCCGGGCCCCUGCCCCCAAGGGAGCCCCCCGCCGAGCCAACGGUCCCCUGCCCCCCUCCUAGCCCCCUCCCUCGCCACUGUGACCCUCCCUUCCCCCUUAGAGGCUGUGUGUGACCUGGCCUCCGGCAUCAUCCGCUCUCUCCUUCUCCAGAGAUUGCCCUCCCCUCCCCACUCCCAGACAGAGCAGAGGUAUUUUUAUAAGAGAAUUUUUUAUGUCUUACCAGAUAGAGUUAGAGAUGCAGGGAGGGAGAGAGCCUGCUGGGGAGUGGGGUGUGAGGGCCCCUCUGCCAAGACCUUAUCUGGCAGAAGGUGCUGCUCCCCCAGGGGGCUGCCCCAGCAGGGAAGGGCUCCUCCCCCAUUUCUAAGCACUGAGUUGCCAAGGGGAGAAACUGAGACCUCUCCCCUGCCCUCCCCUGAGGCCCUGCUCUUGGGAAGUAGCACCCCUCAAGCUGUCACUUUAUGAACUGUCUGUGCAAUUGUGUCCACCAAAGACUUGUGUUGGGGGUUCAGGGAAAGGCCCUGGGGACUCCGUGGAGCAUUUCUGCUUCACUUUAUGUCACCUGCUUCUCCCCUAUUGGGGCUAAGGAAGGAGGUAGGCGACCCCUUAAAAGAGGAGGUCCCCUUCUCAUCCACCCCUCCCCUUUGGCACAGCUGCUCCUGCCUUGGGGACGGGGCCUUGGGGGUCUGGGCUGGGCAUCCCCUCACUGCCUUGGCCCAUCUGGGCUGACAUUAAUAAAAAUCCACCCAGUGCUGUC